AAAGAGAGAGAGAGAGAGAGAGAGAUCAAUGGAAACAUGAAUGAAGAGGAGAGAGUUGGUUCAUCGUCCUCUUCUUCGUCUUCUCUUCCUGUGAGCUACGGAGUUGACGGUGAAAAAUACGAAUUCUCUUCCUCUGUUUCUUCUCUGUCUCAACCGUUCUCUCCGGAAGGUUCAAGUAACAAGAGUUUUGUUCUUGAAAACAAUCUUUCUUCUGUUUUCUCGUUGGACCAUAGAAACAAUAACAUCCUCAUCUUUCCUAGAGAUAGACCAUGUUCUUGUCUCCACCAUGUCUUGGAGUGGAUUCUACAGAGAUGUUGUCGUUGCCUCUGUUAGCCUACCUUCUUCUUUCAAACUUAAACCAUUAAAAUCUUGUGGCCGGUCCUCAUGCUAUAUCAAAUUAUAUGCAAGUAGUAAUAGCUUUUUUUCUGUUAAUUUUUUUUACUAAGUCGUUGGUUUUAAUUUGUUACUUUGAAGAAGUUUGAACUGCCCUUAUUUAGUGAAUUAUUUUAUAGUUUUACCAAAAAACAAAUAACAAGAAUUGAGAUCUUACGGUAGCUACUAAGCUAAGCUACAACUUGUAUUAGAAUUUCGCCCCUAAAGUUAUUAAUAAACGGUGGCCUGAAACUCUUGUUUCAGAGG